GAGACUCGCUGCAAACGACUCUUACUUCUACUACUACUACUACUUUUCUUUCCACAUUGUCCAUCUGUCUUUCUUUUAAUAAAAACCAACCCAAAACAGUUUGCGUAUAUUUCUCGUCACUCCUCCACAAUUUCUCUCCUAUUUCAAGUCCCUUACUUUGCAUGCUCCAAACUUCACAAAAAGCACGCACAAAUAACACAUCACUCACAAACACAAACUAGUCAUCCCUUUUCCAAUAAACCUUUUGCAUUUUUUCCCCCCGUUGACAACUCUUACAUGAUCUCUCUCCGUCCAUAUUAUUCAAUCUCGUGCUUUUUAAGCUAAUGGGUAUUGGUUCCUCUGUAAAUUCUAACGAAUUUUGAUGUUUGGAGUUAGUGGGGUUUCUGGGUUUUGUUAAUUCAAUUGCCCUGAUGGGUCCAGUAAAGGGUUACAAAAAGAGGAGGAAGGUUGAACCCAACGUUUCUGCUUCUGGGUCUUCCGAGGAGGGUUCUUUGGAUUGGUGGGAUGCCUUGUCUAAGAGAAUUGGUGGUAUUUCAUCUCCGUCAAAGGGCUUGGAAAAGUUCGAGUCCAUGUUCAAGAUCUCCAGAAAAACGUUCAACUAUAUAUGUUCCCUUGUCAAGGACGGUAUGAUGGCCAAGACAUCAAACUUCAUGUUUAGCAAUGGAAAACCAAUGUGCUUAAAUGAUCAAGUGGCCAUAGCUUUAAGGAGGCUGAGCUCUGGUGAUUCACUAAUAGCAGUGGCGGAUUCAUUCGGCACUAAUCACUCAACCGUCUCUCAACUGACAUGGCGUUUCGUGGAGGCCAUGGAAGAAAGAGGGAUUCACCACCUUCAGUGGCCUUCCACUGAGCAAGAAAUGACGAAAAUAAAAUCGAAGUUUGAGAAAAUCAGAGGCCUUCCAAAUUGUUGUGGCGCGAUCGACACCACCCACAUUACUAUGCUAUUGUCAUCAACCGAAAUGGACAGUAAUGUGUGGCUCGAUCGUGAGAAGAACCAUAGUAUGAUUUUGCAAGCAAUUGUGGACCCAGAUAUGAGGUUUCGUGAUAUAGUUACUGGAUGGCCGGGAAAAAUGGAUGAUUUCGAUGUGCUUCAGAGGUCAACUUUCUUCAAGCUUUGUGAGAAAGGAGAGAGGUUAAAUGGGAAAAAGAUGAAGCUCUCAGAAGGAACAGAACUAAGGGAAUAUAUAGUUGGUGAUUCAGGUUUUCCGAUAUUGCCUUGGCUUAUAACCCCUUUUAAAGGGAAAGAGAAUUCGGAAUCGAAGGUUGAGUUCAAUAAGCGGCAUUUCGCCACGCGUGUGGUGGCACAUAGGGCGUUGACAAGGUUGAAGGAGAUGUGGAGGAUAAUUCAAGGAGUGAUGUGGAGACCAGACAAGAAUAGGUUGCCGAGGAUUAUUCUUGUCUGUUGCAUUCUGCAUAACAUUGUGAUUGACAUGGAAGAUGAUGUUUAUGAUGAGUUAGUUUUGUCUCACCACCACGACGCCGGCUACAAACAAGAGGUUUGUAAAUUUGCUGACAAGACUGCUUUGGUUUUGAGAGAUAAUCUAUCUCUAUACGUGUCCGGAAGACUCUGAUUUUGAGCAGUGACAUUAUUGAUAAAAGAGGUUGAGACUGGACUUAAAUGUGCAAGCACGAAAAGACGAUGAAGGUAAAUUAGCCAGUCGGAUUUGGUUAAGCGAAGUCGGAUAGGAUGGUCCAUGGCUAGGUGCAACACAUGAGUUUAUAAAGAAUGGCUGAGAAAACCAGGUUGAGGGGCAGAGAUUUUCGAAUAGAACAGGAAAUUGAGUUUAUAGAAUUUAUAUAGGUGGUUUUCAUAAUUGCUGCAGAGGUUUGGACUAUAAUCUUUUUCUUUGGUGUACUGAACAUUUUGAGACUUUAUUCAUGCUUGUGAAGCAUAUGCAUUACAGGGGACGUAAGCUACAUUCAGGUUUUAGAUUUGUACUGUAAUAUUUAGAUUGUGAAAUUGCCUUUCAUUUUUCCUUUUCUUGACGUGCUUUUGUGA